CGAGUAAAGGGUAGAGAAAUCGAGGAAGGAAACUCGAGCACAAAGCCAGUCAGCCAGAGAGAGAGAGAGAGAGUGAAAGAGAGAGAGAGAUAGAGAGAGAACGAAUGCUAGAGGGAUAAAUCGAGAGAGAGAGAGGAGGGUUAUCUUUGCAAGUGUUGAAGAAACUUUCUCCUCUUCAAUCUUCAUCGCCAUGCGGAGGGCUAGAGGCACCGCGGCGGCGAAAGCGGCGCAACCGGCCGCUGCGGCCGGAGAAGCCGCUGGAUCUGAACCGAGGAGGUUUCGUGGAGUGAGAAAGAGGCCGUGGGGAAAGUUCGCGGCGGAGAUCAGAGAUCCAUGGAAGAAGACGCGAGUUUGGCUCGGGACGUUCGACUCGGCCGAGGACGCGGCUCGGGCCUACGAUGAGGCGGCGCGGUCUCUCCGGGGACCGAAGGCCAGGACGAAUUUCCCUCUCUCUCCGUACUCUCAUUUCGAUCAAAACGCCAACCACCGUUUUGUUGACCGAUGGAUGUAUUCUCCGCAGCACCACCAGAUUAUUGCCCAGCGACCGACGUCGAGCAGUUUGAGCAGCACCGUGGAGUCUGCCAGCGGUCCCAAGCCGCCUCAGGCUGUGGUGAUUCCCAGGCGGAGGCGCCGUACACCGCCGAUUUUUCCCUACGAGUGUCACAGCGACUGCGACUCCUCGUCUUCUGUCGUCGAUGAUCCGAUCUCUUCCCGGAAGCCCUUGGCUUUCGAUCUGAACCUUCCUCCGCCGUCGGAUGAGGCCGAUUUCGGUUGCACAGAUACAGACCUCCGACUCUGAUGAUGAUCCGUCGGUUUAAACUUCAAAACAGUCUAAUUAAAGUCUUUAGUAUUUUUGGUCUCUUGUUUUAUGCGGAAGAGAUUGGGAAGAGAAAAGAAGAUGAUGGAUAAAAGUUGAAGAACGAAAUGAUCAAAUCGUCUUCUUUGAUUAUGAGUUGAUGAGAAUUUACCUUUACAUAUAUUGUUAAUCAUCUUUAGUUUAUAGAUCAUAUUAGGGGAUUUGGAUUGUCUUAUUCCGAGACGAUGGUCUAGACUCUAGGGUUCCAUCAACCAUAUAUAGGCUUUAGACCUUUAAGUCUGUUGUUGUUUAAGUCAUAUUACUUGUAAAAUGGAGGGAUCGGUUCAGAUCUGUUGUGGAGUUUUCCAUAACUCGAUCUUUGAUGCCUCUAACCCAUCAUUUCCUGUAUAAAGAUUUAUCUGAUUCAAUGCUAGUCAAAGAAACUUAUAAUCUUUUAUUA